UUGUCGUCAGGUAGAUCAUUAGAUCUCCAUGGCUGGAGGUAGCACUCUACAUAUCGUCAGCUCUGCUGCUGCUAAGCACCAGCGGCCUGUAGUAGCCUGCGACCUUGAUGAGGUCCUUGGGCAGUACUUGGCCACUUACACUAAGUGGCACAAUAGGGUCUACGGCACACACUUGAGGGUCUCAGACUUCUUCACGUACCGCUUCUGGGAGGUUCAAGGAGGUACGGCUCAAGAGGCUAUAGAGAAGUGUUAUAUCUUCCAUGAGUCUCCCGAGUUCAAAUCUGGCAUCCCCCUCGUGCCGGGUGCUCAGGAAUACGUCCGAAAAAUCACCAACUUCGCUGAAGUGCAUAUAGUUACUUCUAGACAGGAGCAAAUUCGACAAGACACCUACGACUGGGUUUUCGCUAACUUUGGCAUUCCUUCGAAUCGGGUCCAUCUAGGCAACCAUUUCGGCCUAUCUGGAAAGAAGACUUCCAAGGCUGACAUGUGCAAAGCCAUAGGCGCUACCUUAUUGAUCGACGAUAACCCCAUGUACAUCAAUGAUGCCCUUAGCCAUGGAUUCGGGGGCAUCCUUUACGACUACGACCAUGGGUACGGUUGGAGCCAUGACCCGGAGUCUCCCCUUCCUAGGGAAACAGUCGUGGCCACGAAUUGGCAGGAAGUGUACGAGUGUGUUAGGAGCAUGUUGCCUCUGGCCGUCACAGUGGCUCCCUCUCCUCCUCCUUCUCCAUCCACUACUGCUACGACUAAGAUGGAGAACGAUAAGCAUGUUGUUGAGGAUCUCAUCGAAGUACGUGCUUGAAGUUUGCUGAAGUUUUUCCCUGGUGUGUCGUCGCAUAUGGUACCAAAGGAUUUUUCGUAGCAGCGUUUGGCCAACGAU